GCGAAGCUCCGCCCCGGACCGUCCGCGUGCUGCAGAACGAGGAGAGAGGAGCCUCGCGACCAUAUUUAUCAAAUUCCCCUAGUUACCAACGGUUACUUGCUGCCCAACCGGAUCUAACCGGUUACCGACCCACUUCUGGAGCGGACCGACUGACGGUGUCUUCUAUCAGGCAGUUUGGUGGUGAAACUCUCAGAUAAUGGAGGAACUUCAUGACGUGCAGCUGACUGAGAUCAAACCUCUGCUCACAGGACAGAAUGGGAGGAAUCUGCAGGACUUUGACUGUCAGGAACACGACGUGGAGACAGCCCAUGGGGUGCUGCACGUCACCAUGAGGGGCGCCGCUAAGGGCAACCGACCCACAAUCCUCACCUACCAUGACAUUGGAUUGAACCAUAAGUCCUGUUUUAACACCCUGUUUAACUACGAGGACAUGCAGGAAGUGACGCAGCACUUCUCUGUUCUGCAUGUUGAUGCUCCUGGACAGCAGGAGAAUGCUCCCAUGUUCCCCACCGGGUACCAGUAUCCCACCAUGGAUGAACUGGCUCAGAUGCUGCCGUCUGUCCUCACACAGCUCCAGGUGAAGAGCGUGAUCGGUAUCGGAGUUGGAGCUGGAGCAUACCUCCUCACCAAACUGGCUCUGAAUGAGCCCAGCUUAGUGGAAGGGUUGGUUCUGAUAAACAUCGACCCGUGUGCCAAAGGCUGGGUGGACUGGGCCGCCUCCAAGCUGAGUGGCUGGACAAGCAACCUGGUGGACAUCAUCAUGGGACACCACUUCAGCUCUGAUGAGUUAACUGAUAAUAAGGAGAUCAUUCAGACGUACAGACUCCACAUCUCUCAGGAUAUCCCACAGGAAAACCUGGUCAUGUUCUACAGCUGCUAUGAAAGUCGUACGGAGCUGCAGAUGGAGCGGCCCAUCCCUGGUCUUAAUGAAAACACUGUCAGCACUCUCAGGUGUCCUUCUCUUCUGGUGGUCGGAGACACGUCACCUGCAGUUGACGCUGUGGUGGAGUGUAACUCCAGACUGAAUCCCACCAAGACAACCCUGCUGAAGAUGGCGGACUGUGGGGGACUUCCACAGGUGGUUCAGCCUGGAAAAUUAGCCGAGGCCUUCAAGUAUUUUGUCCAGGGGAUGGGCUACAUGCCCACAGCCGGUAUGACCCGCCUGGUUCGCUCCAGGACCCACUCCGCCUCCAGUGUGGGCUCCGCAGAGGGAGUCCGGAGCCACAGCACCGCCAACAUUGUGCCGGAGGGCGCCAUCUGCACCAGCCCGCACAACCCUGUGGUGCAGACCAUGGAGAUGAUGGCGUAGGACUCCUGCAUGUCGAGGUUCUUCAUCUUCUCUGGGGCUGUUUGGGUCUCAAACGGCUUCAGUUCUCAGAGUUCUUCCUGAAGAAUCCAGACAUCUCAAAGUCCAGUUUAGGCUUUAGAUUGGAGCGGUGGGGUGAUGGUUCUGUUUUCCCCUCAAUGAAGCCUAACUGUUGCCAUGGUAACAUAUCUUCAUGGAGCCGUUGCGUUAUUCUGUGGUUCUUGUUUUAGAAGUUUUUUUUCUUUCUUUCUCGUGGUUCUGUGGAUAUUUUUGUAUCAUACACAUUAUUUGGUUCUGAUUAUUCCCAGGGAUGUCUGUUUGAACAGAACCUUCCUAAAGGUUCUCCCAGCAGUUAAUUAUUCAAACUUUCACAGAAAAUGUUCAAGUGUAAAGUUUCAAUUAAACAGCUGAACAUAGCAUCAGAACACUGAACGGUCCGAUCCGCAAGUCACGGCUUGGCCCUGAACUGGAGCUUAUUUCCAGUUUUACUCAUCAGAACUUCUAUUGGUUUUUGAGGAACAGUUGAGUUUAAAGCUGUUGUUUCUGUUAGCUGGUAACCUCGGAUCACCUUGGCCCGUUUCCCUCAGAACCUCGCUGCUCCCUGUUUGUUCGCAUGCUGAGUUGUGGCAUGUAAACUGUUCCGUGGUUUCUGUGACUCUGAUGUUGUUCAGCUAUAAAAACCUGCAGAUGGAUUCCUUCGGUGUCGUGUUGAAGUGAGAAAACGCUGGACACCAACCGCUGCAGAACCAGGAGCUGCUCCACAUCUGCUCAGUUCUCUACAUUUAGCCCUCUGCAGCGUCUCUCAGGCUGUUGGUGCAAGAGCACAGAGGCGUUUAGUUCCCUGGACCCAACCAGUGAGUUGAUUCAAACCGGGCUGACGUGUUUUAUUCCUGCUGUUUUGGUGGUUUGUGCUGAAGCAUGGGGAUCCGGUUCCUCUGGGGUUUAAACCGGACGGAUGUUUUCUGUAGAGUUUGUAUUGAAAUAAAGCCGAUUAAUCAGA